AUGUCGGAUCAUGCUAAAUUUGUGAAAGAUUUGGUAGAAAAGAAACGACUUGUGGAGGAUAAAACUAUAGAAGUAACAUAUAAUUGUAGUGCCAUUGUGUCAAGCCCAUUGGUAAAAAAGAGGAAAGACCCCGGUGCUUUCACCAUUCUAUCCACCAUUGGAUUAUUCAAGUUUGCAAAGUUAUUAUGCGACCUCAGAGCAAAUGUAAAUCUAAUGCCUUAUGAUAUUUUCCACAAGCUAGGAUUGGGAAAGUCGUCACCCACUUCAAUGAAAUUGCUCAUGGCUGAUCGGACUAUCAAGAAGCUGAUGAGAGUCCUUCAUGAUGUUCUUUUAAAAGUGGACCGGUUUAUCUUCCUGAUCAACUUUGUGUUAUUAGAUUAUGUAAUGGAUGUUAAAGUUUUUAUUAUCCUUGGGAGACCAUUCUUGUCUACUGAGAAGGCUUUGGUGUAUGUGGAGUCCAGUUAG